CUGGCCCCAGCCUAGGCAGGCCACUGCAACCCUGAUGGACAAAGACAUAGAAAUAUGGCAACAUGUAUUCCAGGAGCUGAUCCAAGAGGUGAAACCCUGGCACAAAUGGACCCUCACACCCGACAAAGACCUUUCUCCCAGUGUUCUGAAGCAAGGAUGGACACAGUACCAGCAAAAGGCCUUUGCCAGGUUCCACUGUCCCACGUGCUGUCGCAGUUGGGCCUCUGGCCGAGUCCUGGUGGUCUUCCACAUGCAGUGGUGUGAGAAGAAAGGCAAGGGAUACGUGAGGAUGAGGGCCUUUGCUCAGAGAUGCAGUCGGUGCCCAGAGCCUCCAUUUGCAGCUCCGGAGUUCACGUGGGAUAACAUCUCAAGGAUCCUGAACAACCUGAUCUUCCGGAUCCUGAAGAAGUGCUAUAAAGAAGAGUUCAAGCAAAUGGAUGACGUUCCUUUGCUUGGGGACACCAGCCUUGAAGGACCACAUGACAGCAAUAACUGUGAGGCAUGUCUGCAGGGCUUUUGUGCUCAGAGUGGCUUAGGCCCAACCUCAAAACCACCAGCACCCACCUUGUCUCCCACCUCUAAGUCAACUAGGGAGGCUAAGGUCACUGCCACUUGCAGCAACAUGCCUUCCUCACAGCCCUCCUCUAAGGUGGAAAGGCUCCAAGCAUCAGAAGGGAACCUCAAAGCCAAUCAUCCUACCAAAGAUGACCCCAAGGUUAGCCACACCUCCAGACCAUCAACUGUUCCAAUAGUGACAACGCAACCAUUGUCACUACUUCUGCUCCUGUUUCUCCCUCCUUCCUCGUGGUCCCCAUCUGACCGGAAGCUCAGGAACCUAAGCUCCGCCUACUUCUCUUCUGCCCAGUUACAGGCGUCUAGCUAUUUUUAUUGA